GAAUGAAGGUCUUCAUUGUUGCCGCCCUCCUGGCCGUCGCUACCGCCAGCGACGCCCCGUCUGCCUACCCGGCUCCGUCUGCCUACCAUGCCCCCGCCGCCUACCACGCCCCCGCUGCCUACAAGGAGCCCGAGUUCGAGCCCUCGCCCUACGCCUUCGACUACUCGGUCAGCGACUACGAGUCGGGCUCCAAGUUCGCCGCCAACGAGAACAGCGACGGCAAGCAGACGUCCGGCUACUACACGGUGGCCCUGCCCGACGGCCGCGUGCAGACGGUCAAGUACACGGUCGACGACUACGCUGGUUACAACGCUGAAGUCACGUAUGAGGGCGAGGCCCAGUAUCCGGAGGAGCCCGGAUACAAGGCCGCCCCUGCUCCCGUCUACAAGGCCGCCCCCGUCUACAAGCCCGCUCCCGCGUACCAGGAGCCAGAGCAGGAGCCCAUCUACGCCUACCGCCCCGUCCAGAAGUAUAGCAACUAA